GUUUGUUGUUGAGAUCAGUUCCGGCGGGUGACGGUGCGGACGGGUCAGAAGCGUAGAGGCGGCGGCAAAAUGGCGGCGCCAGAGGAGCGGGAUCUAACCCAGGAGCAGACAGAGAAGUUGCUGCAGUUUCAGGAUUUGACUGGCAUAGAAUCUAUGGAUCAAUGUCGCCAUACCUUGGAACAGCAUAACUGGAACAUAGAGGCUGCUGUACAGGACAGAUUGAAUGAGCAAGAGGGUGUACCAAGUGUUUUCAACCCACCUCCAUCCCGACCUCUGCAGGUUAAUACAGCUGACCACAGGAUCUACAGCUAUGUUGUCUCAAGACCACAACCAAGGGGGCUGCUUGGAUGGGGUUAUUACUUGAUAAUGCUUCCAUUCCGGUUUACCUAUUACACAAUACUUGAUAUAUUUAGGUUUGCUCUUCGUUUUAUACGGCCUGACCCUCGCAGCCGGGUCACUGACCCUGUUGGGGACAUUGUUUCAUUUAUGCACACUUUUGAAGAGAAAUAUGGGAGGGCACACCCUGUCUUCUACCAGGGAACGUACAGCCAGGCACUUAAUGAUGCCAAGCGAGAACUUCGCUUUCUUUUGGUUUAUCUUCAUGGAGAUGAUCACCAAGACUCUGAUGAGUUCUGUCGCAACACACUCUGUGCACCUGAGGUUAUUUCUCUAAUAAACACUAGGAUGCUCUUCUGGGCAUGUUCCACAAACAAACCUGAAGGGUACAGGGUCUCACAGGCUUUACGGGAAAACACAUAUCCCUUCCUGGCCAUGAUUAUGCUGAAGGAUCGGCGGAUGACUGUGGUGGGACGGCUAGAAGGCCUCAUUCAACCUGAUGACCUCAUUAAUCAGCUGACAUUUAUAAUGGAUGCAAAUCAGACUUACCUGGUGUCAGAACGUCUAGAAAGGGAAGAGCGAAACCAGACGCAGGUGCUGAGACAGCAGCAGGAUGAGGCCUACCUGGCCUCUCUCAGGGCUGACCAGGAGAAAGAGAGGAGGAAGCGGGAGGAGCGGGAGCGGAAGCGACGGAAGGAGGAGGAGGUGCAGCAGCGAAAGCUGGCAGAGGAGAGACGGCGGCAGAAUUUACAGGAGGAAAAGGAAAGGAAGUCGGAGUGCCUGCCCCCAGAGCCUUCCCCUGAUGAUCCUGAAAGUGUCAAGAUCGUUUUCAAAUUACCCAAUGAUUCUCGAGUAGAGAGACGAUUCCACUUUUCACAGUCUUUAACAGUAAUCCACGACUUCUUAUUCUCCUUGAAAGAAAGCCCUGAAAAGUUUCAGAUUGAAGCCAACUUUCCCCGGCGGGUGCUGCCCUGCAUCCCUUCCGAGGAGUGGCCCAACCCCCCAACGCUGCAGGAGGCCGGACUCAGCCACACAGAAGUUCUCUUUGUUCAGGACCUAACAGACGAAUGACACUUUUUCUUCCUCUCCCUUCCGACUCCAAUCCCUAAAAGAAAUGGAAAAAAACAAAAACAAAAAAGAGAAAUUCAUAUUAUUAUUAUUAUAAUACAAUAUUUUUUUUAAAAGACUGCUGCAUCCUAAGGAAGGAUCAGAAACCAUGCUGCCUGCAAGAGUCACCACCCGAGUGUGUGCCCGAGGUUGGUAACGAGCGCCCCCGCCAGCGAGGGAGUCCUUCCCCACUGCCCAUGCACCACGCACCUUCCAACCAAAGGAGACGCCUCACCUCCAACCCAGCCACUGUCCCAACUGGGGAAGGAGACAUUCCCACUAGUUCUCAUUUCUUCUUGCUUUUAUAGAAAAUAAAAGUGAAAAAAACCUUCAUCAGUGAACUACUGCAGCAUCUCGUGAGGACUUCUCCCACCGUCAGAGAGAAGAGGGAAGAGAAGGCACAGAGCAAAGAUGUUCUCUGCACUUCCCACAAUUUAUGGAUAACUUUUAAUUUUGUUUGUUGCUUUGUAAUGACCAAAGGAAUGAAGCUGACAAAGGUGUAUAUUUUUUCCUUAACUUCAUUUGGUAAAAAGCCAAUUCUUAAACCCAUCAGUUCAUGCCCUGGGCUUCUUAGCCCACAAGAGUAUAAUAAAGGUGCCCUGGGCUGGUCUGUGCUUAUUUCUGCCAUUGUCCCUCUCACAUUCCCAGAGAGGUCGUUCUUUUUGGUCCAAUUCUCGCUGUCCUUUCUGGCUCCCUAUGCACUCCACUUGGAGCAGUGGGAGGGCAUCUGGGUAUAUAGCCCCACAGUGUCUGUGUAUUACAGAUACACCCAUAAAUGCAGUAUGAACUCCAUGUAUACUCACCUAUACACAUAAUUGCAGCUUUUCCUGGGAAUCUGUACCAGGUGGUUAUGGGGUGUGAACCAAAGGGUAGCUCUUCGUUACUCUUCUGACAUGUGCAUGCUGUUACGCUGUUCCUGCCCAGCCCUAAGCUUUCCUAAAUUGCCAAGCUUGGUGCCUUUCCAGAGGACUGGCAGGCCUGUGGUGGAACCAGCAGAACCACGGAGUGCCCUGCAUCUGGAGUGUGGUGGCGGCUUAAGGAUGGAGAGGCCUUGAAGGGAGCCAAGACAACUGAGCCUGUGUACACUGUCAGGAGGCAUAUUUCCGUUUCUGAUGUAGCCACCUACUGGAGGCAGUUUUUAUUCUCUCCCUCUAUUGCUAUGUUGAAGUAAUAGGGUUUUUUAACCUCUGGAUGUCUCGUCUGGUUCAGUUAAUGGUAAUGGGUAUGUGGGUCAGGCCAUGUAUGAAACAAUGCCAGCGUGAGCUGACAAGUAUUCCAAAGUGUUCCAUAGCUAGACUGGUGCAGACUCGUGGUAACACUGCAAUCUUCUGAAGUUAUUGUAGUUCCUAGCAUGCUGUGAGGCCAGGGUGUGCGUAUCAAGAUAAAACAUAAUUUGCUAGAUUUGCAGUCUCCAAAGGCUUUCUCUCUUGCUUAACUAACACCUUAGGGCCACUCUUUCAGGUAGCAGUAAUGUGGCUCCUGUUCUCUGCAGCCCUCAGUGGUUGGGGUAAACACAAAGGGACAGGGCGAGGAGCCUCAGAGGCAGCAUCUGGGGGGCCUGAGAAUUGCCCAGUAGUCUUAGCACCAGUGUCUAGAACACCAUCUUUAGGAAAACUUACGUAUUCUCCCGGCUGCCUAUUCUAAUUUGUUUCCUGCUGUCGCAAGGCCAGAUGAGUGGGAAAUCGCUCACUGUUGUCCUAAAAUGUAUCUCAAGUGAAUACCAGGAUAAAACAAGUUCUCCGCUCAACCUUCUGCAAAGUGUGCUUCCUGCUGACAACCAUGCCAAGAGGAGUUUUCCCACUUAACUCAGGGCCUCCCUCCCUGUCAGGAAUUCACAGCUGUUUUCCUGGCAGUUCCCAGGAGGGUAUUAAUGGCCUACCCUAGACUGGGUGUACUAAGUAUCUUGUCCACACCUCUUUGGAAAAUUGUCAGUUUUUUCCCUUAAUAAUUAAGUCUUCAUCUUUUUCUACAGUGUUCCCUUCAUGCCUCUUCCUUUUGAUAUCUUAUUCUGUGAAACAGGUCAGAUACUAGAAUAUUAAGAAAGUCUUUGUCAGCUCUUGGGACAGUAAGCCUACCAGUUUACUUCACCUGAAGCAUAUGCUUCUUCCUAGUCCACGUUAAAACUGCCCUGGGUUACUCAGACCACGUUCCUGUCUCCUUGCUGACUCUAGAGCUGCUGCGUAGCUACCAUCUUCUUUUCUCCAUGAAAAAUGCAUAUUUUGUCACUUAAUGCCUGUACAAUCUGUAUGUCACUCCCAAGGACCUCUGGGAACUCACUGGGACCUGCAAGGGAGAAAAUAUUAGAAAAUGCAAUCUUGCAAGCAUUUGCUCUUGUUUCCACACCAUCUUUGGGUAAUUGCAGCUGUUGUUUCCAAAUGGCAAAUCAUCAGCUAAACAAAAGCACUUGUUUCAAGUUGGGUUCUGCACCCCCAAAGCUGAAGUUGUAGAUUCGUCUGAAUAACCAUGGGAAAUGACCAAGCAAAGACACCCGGGUGGAAUCAGUUGAAUUUCUGCAGCCUCAGUGGGGCCCUUCUGGUCUUUCUUCCACUUCUGCAGAAUUUCCUGCAGCAAAUAUUUCUCUCUGCUUGCCUCCACUCUGAUGUUUGGGUAAGAGAUGGUGACCAGAGGAGAGUAUUUGUCUCUGAAAGCUAGACAAACUAAGAAGAACCCAGAAUCUUCAACUGAGCAGUCAUGAAAAUUGCUCAUGGUGCCAAGGCCAAGGAAAGAGUUUCAGAAAAUGACUACGGGGAGGAGUGAUAACCCCAGAAUGCAAAAUCAGGGGGUAUUAUUUGGUGCUUGAACAAGGAGCUCCACUUUACACCUGGUUUUUAUAGGACUUGUGAGGAACGCAGCAACAGGAAAUCCAUCCACAAGGAUGCAGUGUCCCAACUUGUACUGCACCUGAAUAGUUUCGUGAUAAUUUACUGAAGAAAUCUAGUGUACCUAAAAUUUUUUUCAUAAAAGUUUACAUUGUAUUGUAGGUUAACAAUUAAAUGUUUUAUAACAAAAA